AUGAGUGUGUUGUUAAUCUAUGAUUUUACAUUUAAAGUUAAAUAUAUUUUUGGGCUAUCUUCAGGCGAGGUUACACGAGAAUUUGGUGUUACCCGGAGCUCAGGACUAAUUAACAUUUCAGAUAUAGGGUUUUCUGGACAUUCACCAGCAGGUUUUGGUGAAAUAGGAACUCAAGAGUAUGAUAAUUCUUUAGCAGACGAUAGUAUGAAUAUUAAUGGUAAUACUGGUAAAAUUAUUACUGCUCAACCACCUCCACCUCCACCUCCAAUUUAUUUCUCUGGAUAUACCCUCCCUCCCGGGAAUCCUUGUGAGACCUUCACAUUGCCUCCACCACCAGCAGAUAAAAGAAGAAUUGGGCCACGUCCAUGUCCAGUGUGUUACCUCCCUGUGGAAGAAGCUACUAAAUUAAUGCCAAAAGCCUCAUCAUAUUCGCCGGUGAUCCAAAAUCUGACAUACGUCCAUGAAGAGAACUUAACUGCAAGUGAGUUUGGAGGCUCGAUUUUCGGUGGAUAUCCUUCUUUGAAACACAGAUUUGAAUCUUAUGAAGUCAAGGAGUCAAUGAUGAUUCAUUGUGGAUUUGUUACAGGAGAUAAGCCUGGACGCAAGACGGGAUUUGAUAUUGACGAUACAGAUCUUUUUGAGAUGGAUCAGUGUCGCGGUGUGCUUGUAGCAUCAGCAAUUUUUGGAGCCUAUGAUAUUAUUCAACAACCAAAGAACAUUAGUGAAACUUCAAGGCAAACUGUUUGUUUUAUGAUGUUCGUUGAUGAAGAAACAGAAAGAUUCCUUAGAAACUCAAGCAGAGUAUAUGAUAGCAAGAGGAUAGGAUUGUGGAGAAUCAUUGUUGUCCACAACCUGCCAUAUACUGACCCAAGACGUAAUGGAAAGGUACCAAAACUUCUACUUCAUAGGCUUUUUCCCAAUGUUCGGUAUUCUUUAUGGGUGGAUGGGAAACUCGAGCUUGUUGUGGAUCCUUAUCAAGUUCUUGAAAGGUUUUUGUGGAGAAAGAGUGCAAGUUUUGCAAUUUCUAGACAUUAUAAGCGUUUUGAUGUGUUCGUAGAAGCUGAGGCUAAUAAAGCUGCUGCAAAGUAUGACAAUGCUUCCAUUGAUUUUCAAAUUGAAUUUUAUAAAAAGGAGGGGUUGAUCCCAUAUUCUGAGGCAAAACUUCCCAUUACCAGUGAUGUUCCAGAAGGAUGUGUCGUAAUACGAGAGCAUAUUCCCAUCUCCAACCUCUUUACGUGUCUAUGGUUCAAUGAAGUUGACCGGUUCACUUCCAGGGAUCAGCUUAGUUUUUCCACGGUGAGGGACAAGAUCAUGUCCAAAACAAAUUGGACUGUCAGUAUGUUUUGGGAUUGUGAAAGGCGAAACUUUGUUGUGCAGAAGUACCACCGAUUCAUCUUGGAGCAUUGGGCGCCACCACCCCCUCCUGGUGGAUUAGUAAUUUCUAAUCCUCCACCACUGCCGCCAGUACCCAAUAAUGGAACACCUAAAAGAGUUAGUAACCCGACAGAGCUCCCUAUUAGAAGAAGACGAAGAGACAGAAGCCAGAACCCUAAAGUUGCUACUGACAUGUGAGAUUAUGACAUACCAAGAGCUAAAGCCAAAGUCAAAGCUAAAUUUGCGUAGACAAUAUCAAGUUCUUUUUCCUUGUGUGCUACAAGCUACAGCCGGGUUAGGAAGAAUUUAUGCAAGAUUAAUGUGGUCAGUACAAAGUCCCGUCAGUGAAAUACCAAAGCAAAUCUUGCUUGUUUAAACCAUAAGUUGUGCAUCUAUAGCGAUGCAGUUAUGAAAAUUUGGCAACUGAGGGUCGAGUGAUUUCUGCAUUGGUGACGAUUAGGUUAAUUGACAAGUACUUCAUCCUUCUACAACUGUAGUUUUUGUAUGCAUGUAUAUAUUAGCAGGGUCACUGUCGUGUUCCUGUCUUGCAGAUGCUUUUGACUAUGUUGCAAAGGGGACAGUGUUGUUAUCCAAAGAAAUGUAUACUUUAUAUAGCACACCAUACAUGUUUUUGACUAUAUGGCAUCAUCUGUCUUCUAGAAAA